AUGGCGUCUCAUGCGCCGAAAGAUCCUCUCAUCGUGGUCAUCGGUGCCACGGGGACUGGCAAGUCAAAGCUUGCCGUCCAACUUGCUGCACGGUUCAAUGGCGAGAUCGUCAAUGGAGAUGCAAUGCAGAUGUACAAGGGACUGCCCAUCAUUACGAACAAGAUGCCUGAGCACGAACGUAACGGCAUCCCACAUCACUUGCUCGACUUCAUCGGCCUUGACGAGAACCCUUGGACGGUCAACCAGUUUGUCAAGGAGAGCUCUCGCAUCAUCGACGAAAUCAGGUCCAGGGGCAAGUUGCCUAUCGUGGUCGGCGGCACGCACUACUACACUCACGCACUAUUGUUCAAGGACGCGACUCUGGCGGAGGGGGGCGCGGGAAGUGGGUUAGAAAAAGCCGACAUUCCAGGUCCAAAUCAACCAUGUUCUAUUCUUUCGAAAUCCACGGAAGAAAUCCUUGCGCAGUUACAGGAGGUUGAUCCGGAAAUCGCGAGAAGAUGGCAUCCAAGGGACCGGCGGAAGAUCCAGCGAUCCCUUGAGAUCUGGCUCAAAACGGGAAGAAAAGCCUCUGACGUCUAUGCCGAACAGCAAGAACGCAGAUCGGGCGGUCACGACGGAGCUGAUCUCGAUAGCCCACAGCAUGCUGAUCGGAAUGGGCUCGUGGCAGACGAACACGGAUUCCGCUAUUCGACUCUGCUAUUGUGGUUGGAAGCCGAAGACACAGCAUUGAAAGAGCGUCUCAAUGCGCGCGUCGAGUCGAUGGUCGCAAGCGGUCUGGUAGAUGAAGCUGCUUCAAUGGCGAAGUUGGAGGCAGAUCUGCAGAGGAAAGGGAUACCCGUGGACAAGAGCAAAGGUAUCUGGGUCUCAAUCGGGUACAAAGAGAUGGAGUCAUGGAUAGAUUGCCAACAAACUUCGGGGGUGGUUUCUGCCGAGAACUCUCGUAUACUGCAGGCAGCAAUAGGGUCCGUGAAAGCCGGCACGAGACGGUACGCAAAGCGCCAAAACCGCUACAUCCGUAUCCGGUUGGCGAACGCUUUGGCAAGGACUGGAAAGUUGGACAAGCUUUUCCUUCUGGAUUGUUCUGAUCUUGCACAGUGGGACUCUGCAGUGCAAACCCCGGCAAGCAAGAUUGUGGGUUGCUUCCUGAAUGGCGAAGAACCCCCUGAUCCCAGGAGUCUCUCUGAUCUGGCGAACCGGAUGCUACCUCUACCAGAUGAGCAUGAGACGCAGCCCAACCGCAUUGCGCGAAGAUGUGAGAUCUGUGACAAGACGCUCAUGACAGAGGCGGAAUGGAACGGCCAUCUUGUGAGUCGAGGCCACAAGAACACUGUCGUCGCGCGCCGAAAGCGGGACUUGACAGCCACCGAGACUAUACGGCGCGAUGUGACCUUUGCAAAAAGCCUUGAAGGCUAA